AACACAGCACAGCAGCUCAGCGCGGAGAGGUGAUGGGGAUGCGGGGCUCUGUGCGCUGCUGUGGUUUUCUUUAUUGCCUGUGACUGUUUGAACUAUUCAUAUUUCUGCCAGUGGAUACACACCACAGUUAGAAAAGCCGCAUCACCUCAGACUAGUGGCACAUGUGGUAGCGUGGUGAGUGUGGUGGCGUGUAGCAGUCUGGUGGAGGUGCGUGGUGCAGCGGAGCCCGGGCCAGCGCCAUGGUGGGGAUGCGAGGCAAGGUGUUAGCGGAGUGGAAGAAGAGGGUUAAAUCAGAGUACACGCGGCUUAGGUCCUUAAAGAGGUUCAAACGAGCGGACGAGAUCAAGGCGGCGUGGAACGACAACCGGAGCAAGCUGAAUGAGUUGUUAGAGCAAGAAGACCAGACAGUUAUAGGUAUGGGUCCAGUUUGGGUUUGUUCAGUGGAGGCUCCAGCCCAUCAAGCUGUUAUGAGGCGAACACAUGUCACUUCUUCAUGUGGUGAACCCUUGUCAAUACCCAUCAAGACCAUCACUGCUGUGAAUCCCAUUCCAACCAUGUAUACAUGGGCACCUCUGCAACAAAAUUUUAUGGUUGAGGAUGAAACUGUUCUUCACAAUAUCCCAUACAUGGGAGAUGAAGUUUUAGAUCAAGAUGGCAAAUUUAUUGAAGAGCUCAUCCGUAAUUAUGAUGGCAAGGUUCAUGGAGACAGAGAGACUGGCUUCAUUGAUGAUGAAAUAUUUGUUGAGCUGGUGGAUACUUUAGUUCAACAGUACCAGAUGAAAGAAGUUGCCAAAGAUAAAACUGAAAGAAAAAUAGUUGUAAGAAAAGAACCAAAGACCAAAGACAAGGAAGAUGAAGAUGAAGAGGAUGAAGAAGAAGAGCAGCAAGAAGAAGAAGAUGAUGAUGAAGAGGACAGUAUUGCUAACAGAGAGGAUGAUUAUUGGGAAGGCUCGAGCAAUUCAGGAUCAAAAGAUUUCCCAUGCUUUGCCAUAUUCCAGGCUGUUUCAGCUCUUUUUCCUGACAAGGGUUCUGCAGAUGAACUCAAAGAAAAAUAUAUAGAGUUGACAGAUCCUACUGCCUUGCCUCCGGAGUGUACUCCCAAUAUAGAUGGCCCUAACGCUGAGAGUGUUCCUCAAGAGCAGACAAUGCAUUCUUUUCACACACUUUUCUGCAGACGAUGCUUCAAGUAUGACUGCUUUCUGCACCCCACCAAGGGAAGCACAGACGCCCCAGGGCUUGCCACAUCCCAUCCUCGACCUCAUGGUGGCAAACGGAAGAGUCCAGAGCUGAGGCCACUUUCUGAACCCUGUUCCCCCUACUGUUAUUUACACUUGCCAGAUGCUAAGGAAAAGAUGGCAUUUGCUGCCUCAUCCUUAUCAUCAGAAAAAUUGAGGGAUGAAAAUGAAUCUUCCAAUGAAGGUAAACCACGUAAGAUUCGCAAACACGCUUCCGUCGACUCAGGGAAUGAAGCCAGCUCAGAGGAUAGCAAUGACAGCAUGCGGAUGAACAGUCGAAAGUUGGAGAAGACACUACCAUGUAAAGAUCUUCAAUUCACCAAAUCCUGUGGUACUCCACUGGUAAUUGUGUUCCAGCUUGAUGGGAACUGUUUUCUCCAGGUAUAUUACUUUGCACAAAAAGAAGCAACAGACCUACCAGCAGAUGCCAGUAUCAAGGACAACACACCACCAAGGAAAAAGAAGAAAAAACAUCGUCUCUGGUCUAUGCAUUGUAGAAAAAUUCAGCUGAAGAAAGAUUCUUCAAGCAAUCAUGUAUACAACUAUUCCCCUUGUGACCAUCCAAACCAGCCCUGUGACCAAAAUUGUGCUUGUGUUAUGACACAGAACUUCUGUGAAAAAUUCUGUAACUGCAGUCCAGACUGUCAGAACCGGUUCCCUGGAUGUAGAUGCAAGGCAUCCUGUAACACUAAGCAAUGCCCAUGUUUUCUGGCUGUGCGGGAGUGUGACCCUGACCUCUGUGUUACUUGUGGAGCCCAUGAAUUCUCUAUCAACAAAAUCACCUGCAAGAAUGUUUCAGUUCAGAGAGGAUUACAUAAACACCUCCUUAUGGCUCCAUCUGAUGUAGCAGGCUGGGGUAUUUAUCUCAAGGGUUCUGCUCAGAAGAAUGAAUUCAUAUCAGAAUACUGUGGUGAAAUAAUCUCCCAAGACGAAGCUGAUCGUCGUGGGAAAGUGUACGACAAGUACAUGUGCUCCUUUUUGUUCAACCUCAAUAAUGAUUUUGUUGUGGACGCAACUCGGAAAGGAAACAAAAUUCGGUUUGCUAACCAUUCAAUCAACCCUAACUGCUAUGCCAAAGUUAUGAUGGUGAAUGGUGACCAUCGUAUAGGAAUAUUUGCCAAGAGACACAUUCAGUCAGGAGAAGAACUCUUCUUUGAUUACAGAUAUGGACCAACAGAACAAUUGAAAUUUGUUGGCAUUGAAAGAGAAAUGGAGUUUCUCUAAGAGAAUGCCCUUAUGUAGUAAAGUUACAUUUUUCAGUCCAUGUUUUCUAUUGAUCUGUAAUCAUGAACUCUGUGCCCAUGUGGUGCACAUUUUAGAAACUAUUAAAUGCAACUGUUGUUCAAGUUGAAUGUUCAAUAAAACUAUAAAAUCUA